AUACUCGGUAAUUAUUUUGCAGCAGGACCUUCACUCGAUUUUGACAACUAGAUCAAGAGGAUUGAUUGUGACAAUUGUAUCAAGGAUUCACCGAACGCGGUGAAGAAACAUUAUGAACUCAAUACGUACGUCUUUAAAUCUAAUGCACGAGACCACGAAGCUUUCACGAUGCGAGACGCGUGACCGUCCUCUUGUAUUGGCAUCACGCGCCGAGGUCCACCCGGGUAUAUAUACCGCCCGCAGACGACGACGAUUUAUUCCCAGUCCGGGACUCCAAGCUACUGCUUUACAUAAACAUAACAUACGUCCGAUUGUAUGCACCGACCCCUACGAUGAAUUUACUCGUGAUCUGUUUGACGGCCAUCGUGUGGACCGCGAUCAACUGUGAACCGCCGGUCAGCAGCUACCUACCUCCCUCGGGCUCCGGCGGACGCGGUAGACCCUCGGAUCAGUAUGGAUCUCCCAACGCCGGUGGUGGUGGUGGUUUCGGGCCGGGAGGCUCGGGCCUUGGCAAUCAACCCGGAGAAGGCUUCGGCCAAGGGUUAGGUCCCUCAGGGGCUCUGUCCUCAGAGUACGGUCCACCGGGGCGCGGUUCGGGACGAGGCGGAUCUCAGCGGGGCCGGGGCGGAAGUCAAGGCCUGGGAGGCAAUCAGGGCCUGGGCUCGCCUAGCUCACAGUACGGAACCCCGAACGAAGGUGGCUUCGGACAGCAGGACGGAUUCGACUCCGGCCGCGGUCCCUUAUCGACAUCCUACGGCACGCCCAACCAGCAGGGCGGCGGACGCGGCGGCAACAGUCCCUUCGGCGGGCGCGGAUCUUCGCAGCCAGAUUCGUCCUACGGAACUCCGUCCGACGAUUUCGGUUCCUCACGUGGACCGGGGCGCGGUGGAUCGAACCAAGGUUCCCGAAGACCAUCGUCGUCUUACGGCACCCCUGACUUCGGUAAUGAUCCAAAUAGUGGAGAUUCAAAUUAUCGUGGAUCAGGGGUAGGAGAAUCUAACGAACCGGCCAAAUACGAGUUUAGUUACCAAGUAGACGACGACGAGGCCGGCACGCAUUUCGGUCACUCGGAGCAGCGGGACGGCGACGUGGCCACGGGGGAGUAUAACGUGCUCUUGCCCGACGGCAGGACGCAGGUCGUUGAGUACGAGGCCGACCGAGAUGGCUACAAGCCACAGAUCCGCUACGAGGGAGGCGCUGGCGGUUCGGGCUCUGGCAACGGUUUCGGAGGACGUGGAGGAUCAGGCGGUGGCAGGAACCGCGGCUUCCCCGGUGCUGGGGCCAACGCUGACGCCGAGGCGUUCGCCGGAGCCGGUGCCGACGGCUACCCCAGCGGCGGACCCAGCGGCGGACCCAGCGGCAGGUUCCAGCAGCCCGGGUUCAACCAGGGCUCCGGGUUCCCGGGUCAGGGAGGCGACGGUCAGGGCUACCCAUCCGGCGGUCCAGGCGGCAGAGGUGGCGGGCGAGGCUUUGGCCAAGAUGGCGGUUUUGGCUCGGGCGGCUUCGACGGUGGAGACCAGGGGUACCCGCGCGGCGGUCCCCAGUCCGGUCGAGGAGGACCACGAGGAGGGAACAGGGGCAGUGGCUUCGGUGGUGAUGACGGCUACCCCAGUGGCGGUCCCAACGGGCCAAGGGGCUCGGGAUACUGAUGUUUACGCUUAUAACGACACUCGGCAUGCUCACAACGACGGAUUGUAAAUACAUAA